GAAACCCUUCUUAUCUGUGAUUUGUCCUUAUAUAUUUCAACUUCUUCCACCACUUCAACAUUAUUCAAGUCCUGGGUUUAGCAGCAUUCUAAUCAAACAAAAACCUAAACCAAAAUGGAUUUCGAGAUUUCCAGAGCCGGAGCAGAGGCUGACAAGUGUAGCCACAGACACGAGCUAGAGAAGGACUCUGACCCAGUUCAUAGUGUCUCAAGCCAGCUCCAGUUGAAGUCCUCCUUGUCUUCCAAAGCAUCAUCGCAGACCCUUAACAAACAAGAAGUUCUUCAUCGCAUUCGACACCGCAAGUCCCUAAACAGAAUCAAAGGCGCUUUUGAUGGUCUUUUCUGCAGCUCCAAAGGCAACACACCUUCAGCUCAAGAACAGAUUUGGCUUCAACAAUGUGAUAUAUUCUCUGCUCCCUGAAAUGUAUCCAACCCAUCACAACACAACUAAGAUAUUCCCAUAUAUUGAAAGUGGAAGUCCUAAACUACGGUAUAUUAUCAUCAUUAGUCAAAUUACUAGAUUUGAAAUGAUUGUGCCACUGUAAAUUAACGAGAAGAUUUAAUUUGGAGGUCGAGCCACGAUCGA